AUGUACGUACAGUCGCUCAUUGCUAUUUUUUGUCUUUUAAUGAGUAGCUACUUUCAAGAAACAUCUGCCACGACUCCACUGCCAGAGGAAGAUCCGGCAAACUUCGGAGAUCAAGAUGUAACAAAGAUGGUUGAGGUGGCUGAAAAACACUGGGUCAAGAGAAGGACACACAACGUGUCGUCACGACAUGGAGAUCCAAAAUGUGAAUACGCUGAAAUUUUUGGUAGUGCUGAUGAAAAACAAAAAGAGGAAGAAAAAAAGUACACCUUAGUACUUGAAGCCAAAUUUGGAGAAAUGUGGAUAGCCAGUAUCCAAGUUUUGGGUUUAACGAAGUCCGGCACUCAUUCUCAACCAAACGUGAUGCGUUUUGUACGAGACAGAGUUGAUGGACCACAAGAUCACAAGCUUCUGUACUCUAACUACAAGAACUGUUCAAUUGUAAGAAUAAAGAAAAAAGAAGAAGGACUCUUCUGUGACCUGCUACUGUUAGGAAGCGCUGCAAGGUCGGAACCGCCAAGUCCUUGCAAAGAAAAGUUCGAAAAAUAUUGCAAAGGUGACCAGAUUGAAGUUUACACUUAUGAUUGUGGGACCGAAGAAAAAUAA